AUGGAUAAGAAGAAGCGACGAAGGAGAGAAAGUUACAAAUUGUUCAUCCACAGGCUUUUGAAAGUUGUGGCUCCCAAGCAUGGAAUCACCAAUAAGGCCCUGAAUAUUAUGGACUCUUUCGUGAACGACAUGUUUGUGCGCCUAGCAGAAACAGCUUCUCAUCUGGCAGUAAAAAACAAAAGAUCUACUAUCAUUAACCGGGAUCUAGAAGGCGCCGUGCGUCUCCUAUGUACUGGUGAACUGCAACUACAUGCAGUAUCAAAUGGUACCAAGGCCUUUUCUAAAUACUCCUCCAGAAAGUAA